AUGCGACCCAGGAUUCAAGUUAACCUUGUUGUAUGGCAAAAGAAAUAUUUGGAAGAACAGAUACAAGUUCUGGAACCUGUCUUGGAAGUUAUGAAAAACGCUGUAGAAAAAAGUCAAACUUGGAUAGAAGAUAAAAUUGACAACCCGCCUCUCACGUACAGUGAACUUUCCCAGGAACUAGAGGCAGCUAUAUUGAUUUUGUUGAAUGCGUCAUCAUCUAUCAUAAAUGAAAAUAAAGACUACCUAGAUGUCAAAGAAAAUACGCCAUCAUUAUUUCAGUCUACACCACAUCCUAUAGCAGCAGAAAAACGUGACCAUAGUAAAUCAAAACAUCAAGUCACUAAACACGUUCAAUCAACAGCGGAAAUGUUGAGUCGGCUUGAGCAGAUAGAGACAGCCAUAUCUUCUCUACAAGACGUCAGUCGACUUGAGCAGAUAGAGACAGCCUUAUCUUCUCUACAAGAUGCCAAUGACAAGUCUACAGAUGACAUAUCAGAAAUAAAACAAUGGAGAAACAACUUUGUAACAGAAAAGAGUGACAUAGGGGUAAACAUUGAACAACUGACUAAAAAACAAAAACAGAAUUUUAAAAACCUCAGAAAACAAAUGAGUGAAAAAGAUAACAAAGUAAAGGAGCUAAAAAAAGAAAUUGAACGUUUAAAAGAAAAAGACAUCAAAUCAAACAAAACACUAGAGAAACUUUCUCUAGAUAUGAAAGGAUAUGAAAACAAAUUACACAAAAUAAAUAAAGAAAUGCAAGCUGAUACAGAUGUAAGAGACGGUAUGAAAGAAGAAAUUAAAAGACAUUAUGAUUUAAUUGUUUCUUUACGAGAUGAAAAUAAUAAAAUCUUUGUCAAAACAUCAACCCAAUUAGAAAAGUUGCAAUUAAAGCACAGUGUUGUGCAUAAACUUCUACAACAAAGAUUGAUGCCGAUUGACAAAUUGAUUCAAAUCUUUAACCAGUACCAGGAAACUAGGGAAGAAAGAAUAAAUAAGCUGGGUGAACUUGAAAAUACUUGUUCAAAAUUGUCUAGCAGUUUUCAUCUCAUUGAGUCACGUGUAUGUAACAGAUAUGCUUGUCAUGUAAAGUUUGAUAAUCCAACACUUGUCAAUUAUGGGUCAAUUAUUUCAACUUUUGGUGAAGUGCGUGAAUAUAAUGGUCAACAUUUUAAUCAAACCACAGGAAAAUUUGUGUCACCGCAUGAUGGUUUAUAUCUUGUCUGUGUCACUCUACAUAAGUGUGGAAAUAAACAUAUUAAUGUUACUGUGAUGGUUGGAGGCAGGUGUCGUACUGAUAUAGAAGUAAAAUGUGCCGACACUAGCGCUGCUGGGUCAGUGGUUGUUGACAUGAAGAAAGGUCAAGAACUUUAUUUGCAAGUGUUUUCAGAUCAACAUGCAACGUUAUCCUUCUUCAGUAGUUUUACUAUCGUUAGUUUAUAGAAGUAAAACACAAAACAUGGUUGAUGGUAAAUUCUCAAAAAAUAAAAUAUGCAAACACCAUGUUAUACACACACUAACAACUUACUAUGUAUGUAAACUACAUGUCUAGAAAAUUUGAGUGGUUUAUAUGUAAUUUGUUUAGUCAUCAUUUGGGGGUUCUAGCUUAUUCAAUGUGCUCACUAAUAAUUUGUUAUACUUCAUGACACUGAGCUCUAACUCUAACUCUAUAAACUAUAAGUUAGCUAUGUUUAUAUAUAUAUUUGUAUACUUCACUGUAUGUGAGACUUGGUGUAAAAUCAAAAUCAUAUAAUUUAAUUUUUGAAUGUUUAUUGUGUUAAAAAUAAACGUAUAUCUGGAACUACAUGAUUAUAAACUAUAUAAA